AUGGGAGAAGAUAUCUCAACGGAUUAUGACAAAUCAAAAAGCCACCCGGCUGCUCUCACAACUGAAAAUUACGUUUUAAACAAAAAGGCACUCUUGAAGGCUUGUACUGAUAGAGAAAUAUUGCUCGUGAAAAGAAAUUCAUUUGUUUAUAUCUUCAAGUUGUUCAAGCUACUUGUGAUGUCAUUCAUCGCCUUGACUGUGUUUUUCCGAACUGAGAUGCAUAGGCAUACAACUGAAGAUGGUGGGACAUAUGUGGGUGCUCUUUUCUUUGGUGUUGUUAUGAUCAUGUUUAAUGGGAUCUCAGAAAUAUCAAUGACAAUUACAAAGCUGCCCGUAUACUACAAACAAAGAGACAACCUAUCUUACCCCUCAUGUGCAUAUGCUCUACCCUCAUGGGUCAUCAAGAUUCCGGUUUCGUUUCAUGAAGCUGUUGUUUGGGUGAUUCUCACUUAUUACGUAGUUGGUUUCGAUCCUAAUAUUGCAAGAUCUUUCUUGUUUCACAGAUUCUUCAAGCAAUAUCUUCUGCUUUUGCUUGUUAACCAAAUGUCUUCCAAAUUGUUUCGGUUCAUUGGGUCAAAAUAUGAUUGUUGCAAACACGUUUGGUUUAUUUUCACUUCUUUUGGUCUUUGCUUUGGGUGGCUUUGUUCUUGUUCGAAAGGACGUAAAGAAAUGGUGGUUGUGGGGAUACUGGUCAUCUCCUAUGAUGUACACCAUGAAUGA